AAUCGUCGACUGGUGAAGUGAAGAAGAUGUACGAAUCGGCGAACGUCGCCGACGACGCAGAUCGUACGGCUUUCCGGCGAGCAGAGAAAAAAUACAAACUUUACUACGAACAGGAUUCUAAGUUCACUAGAAAGAAGAAGCUACCAAAACCAAUUGAUUUGUCGGAGCUGUUUGAUUUCAAUUUGAUUUCACAAGAUUACAACAAAGACGGUGUUUUGCCUGACGGAAUUAGGGUUUCGAAAGUUGAUUCUUCCCCUGUGUUCUGCAUCGAGAAUCGCCCUGGUUUUUACUUUAUCCCUGGUGCAUUGAGUUUAGAGGAGCAAUGUAAAUGGAUUAAAGAGAGUUUGACGAAUUUUCCGCAGCCUCCGAAUAGAACAAACCACAAUGCAAUUUAUGGUCCUAUUACUGAUUUGUUCGAUUCAGCUAAAGAUAAUAAGGUAUUGGUUCAGGAGGAUCUUACCAACAACAAGUGGAAGUUCUAUGAAGAUGAAGAAGAUAUUGCAAAAGCAAAACAAAAAAGUUGCAAAUCAGUUUCCGCUUCAGUUCUUUUGAGGAAGCUUCGGUGGAGCACUCUCGGUCUACAGUUUGAUUGGUCCAAGCGUAACUAUGAUGUUUCUCUCCCUCAUAACAACAUUCCUGACGCACUCUGUCAACUAGCUAAGACACAUGCCGCCAUUGCAAUGCCUGACGGGGAGGAAUUCCGUCCAGAGGGUGCAAUUGUAAACUAUUUUGGCAUAGGUGAUACCCUUGGAGGCCACCUUGAUGAUAUGGAAGCUGACUGGAGUAAACCCAUAGUAAGCAUGAGCUUGGGGUGUAAAGCUAUUUUCCUCUUAGGCGGAAAAUCAAAAGAUGAUCCUCCUCAUGCUAUGUAUCUCAGAAGUGGAGAUGUUGUACUAAUGGCUGGAGAAGCUAGAGAAUGCUUUCACGGCGUACCCCGUAUCUUUACGGAUGCAGAAAAUGCGGAAAUUGGUGCACUUGAAUCAGAAUUGUCCCAUGUGAGUGGAAAUUUUUUCGCAGAGUACAUCAAAACUUCGAGGAUCAACAUAAACAUCAGGCAAGUUUUCUGAGUUGCCUGUAUUCUCCUGCUUUCGAGCAAAAAAAAUCUGUAUUACUA